AUGGCGAAGCACAAGCUAAGAUUGUCACAUAUGAUACCAAAUGCUUGGUUUUACAGGCUUCGAGAUAUGAACACCAAACCACUUUCAUCUGCGUACUCUUCUUCAACUUCAAAGCAGCACAACCACUCAAGAAACUCUAUCUGCUACACCCCUACGCUUCAACCAGUUUACACUACGAACAUUAUCCACAAUCCUCCUUCUCCAAAACAUCCACUCUGCACUCAACCCACUGAGCCAAUUGAUCAUACCCAUCAAGAUUUAUUUCUUUCUCCUACCAGCUGUUCAUAUAAGUACCCUUUCUCCGAGUCAACUCGCUCAACACCACCCUCCACCUUUUGUAGUCGUGAACUGAUUACUGCUUCAACUACUGACAACCUUCAAAAGCUUCCUCCAAUUAUAACUAAACCCACAAAAUCCAGCAUUGACAAAUCAACGAUGGUUGAGAAGAAUGAAGGAACUCGCAGUAAAAGCUCAGUUUCAAUCAAGACAAUCAAAGAAAACAUCUCCAAGAAAGAAACUGCAGGGGGAAAACCAGUUUCAGAAAUCAAGAUCAGAUCGAAUUCUUCCAAAACACCAGUAUGCAAGAGAAUGGUUCAUGAUAAUAAUGACGACAAAAGAAAAAAGAAGCUGUCAAGUAGCCGAUGCAUUGUGAAGUCAUCAUUUGACCCACAGAAGGACUUGAAGGAAUCAAUGCUAGAGAUGAUUCUGGAGAAUAACAUCCGGGAGUCAAAGGAUUUGGAAAAGCUUCUCGCAUGUUACCUGUCCUGGAAUUCAAAUGAGUAUCAUGAUAUGAUCGUCAAGGCGUUUGAGCAAAUCUGGUUGAAUUUUAACUUUAGUAGUUUAGUGCACUAG